AUAUGAAGUUGAUCACUUCCAACAACCUACUUUAAGUAUUUUUAAGUGUGAUUUUUGUUUUGUUUGUUUGUUUUGUCCAUUUUAAUUUCCAAGGAUUUCUACAUGAACAUAUUUUUCUCUGCUUGUGUCUGGGUCUUUAUGCAAAUAUCUGGUGUAAAGCAGCUUUUCAAAAAAUCUCUGUGCUGUUCUUUCACCCAGGUCCACAACUGUUUAUCUAUGGGUGUUGCUGUUGGCUUGGGGAAGGUGAAACUCUUUCAUGUCCAGAAGCCUUGCAUUGGUGUUCUAAUAAACAAGGACCUUGCCACUGGCUACAGCUCUGGUCUCCACCAGCAUUUCACAGAGGUGUCAGGAGGAAAUGGUUGGUUGGGGGAGUUUUCAAUUUCCCAAAAUGAUUCCAUGGGCUUCAUGAAGUGGCUAAAGAGCCUGAAAGAACAUCCAGAUGUUGUUUCGUACUCCCUUCGACCUCUCUAUCAGCUCGUGCCAAACAAGCUUCAAAAGAAAGCGGUGAAAGCUGCUAUUGAGCAGUAUUUGAAAGAAAAUGCUGUGAAGAAAUCACCGCAAGAGCCACACUGUGAGGGAUCUACUCCUGAUUUGUCCUCUAAUUGCUGCCCUCUGCACGCCUCAAGGGGAACUCUAUCAGUGACCAUUGUUCGAGGCUGGGAUCUCAAAGGAGAUCCAGUUGGACAAACAGAAAGCUAUGCCAGGAUGUACUAUGGUUCCUUAAACCGCAAGACCCAAAUCAUCGUAUCCGAUAAUCCUCAGUGGAACGCUGAGUUUAAUUUGGGCAAGGUUGACACAAGCCUGGAAUUGAAGAUCGAAGUUUGGGAUGAAGACUGGAUCCAUGACGACCUUCUCGGAAAGUGCGUGAAGUACCUGAGCCCUGGCACUCACACUUUCACGUGCAAAGCAAAAAGAGGAGGCAUUGAGGUUAAAUACACGGUGACCUGUGACCCGUAUCUGACUGGAGAAAAGUGCAGUCGUUAUAAACCAUCUCCUUUGUGACAAGAGAUUGGUGAAUUUUGGGAAUGAAAGCAUUUCAAUUCAUCAUGUAACAUUAACUCACUAAAUCUGAUAGAAAGUCACAAUUUGUACUUAAUCACUUAACUUUGUUAAAGACCUAUCUAAAUGUGUAUUUAUCACACAAUGAAAAAAUGUUAAGAUUCUGUGUAACAUUUAAUCACAAGAAAUAACUAUGCUUUAAUAUAUACAACCAGAAAUUGUGUUCCCUUUAAUGACAAUAAAAAUUUUGAAACUG